AUGGUUGCCAUGGUGAUACCCCAGCUGCACUCACGUGCCGUCACGUCAAUGGCUGUGUCAGAGGAGACUCAACGGCAUUGGACGCCGGGCGGAGAGAGGCGUGCGAUGGAGCCAAUGGAUGACAGCCAGUAUCUGUCUGUAACCAUGGGGACGGAAACACAGCUAAUCGCGCCACGGACGUCAUCAAGCCGGGACCGGGCACUGACGCUGGACCAGAGCGGGCGAGCACGGUGUGGAGCAGUUCUGUGGACCGAUGAGGUUAAAAUAGAACUUUUUGGCCGGAAUGAGCAAAGCCAGUGGCACAGGGAACAUUCCAAGGAAGGAAAAAUGUGUUCAAUGAUAUUCCAGCAAAUUUUGGACGCUAACUUGAUGUCAUCUGUGAAAAAGCUGAAGUUAAAGAGAGGCUGGCUUCUACAAAUGGAUAAUGAUCCUAAACACACCUCAAAAUCCACGGUGGAUUACAUCAAGAGGUGUAAACUGAAGGAGGCGUCCUCUGAGGCAGGUGUAAUGGCGUCCACUACGUCUACACUGGCUCGCCGAAUUAUGUGGUUGAGGUCCUGGAAGGUGGACCUGGACUCCAAAAAGACCUUGGAGAUGCUCCCCUUCAAUGGAGACAUCCUAUUUGGGGAAGAUCUGAAUAAGAUUGUGACUGCUAAGACUGCGUUUCUUCCAAAUCCGUUGAAAGCGCAAGCUCUACAGCUGGUUGUGCGAUCCUUCCUGGACAGAGGAGUGCUUCUGCCAUUUGGACUGGCCAUGUCCCCUCGGAUCUUCACCAAGGUCAUGGCCGUGAUGAUUGCCCUUCUCCGCCGUCAGGGAAUUGGGGUCCUGCCAUAUCUGGACGACUUGCUGAUCCUGGCGAACUCCCAAGAUGUUCUCCUGAGUCAUCUUGAACUGACUGUCCAAUUCCUAAAAGCCCACGGGUUGCUCAUCAACUGGAAAAAGUCCUCGCUGGUCCCUGCUCGGAGCAUGGUCCCUUGUGUCUACCCGGACCUGGCCAGACUAGCUUUGACGGCGUGGCUCUUGAAGCUUCACUACCGAGAGCCUGCAAACCGGCUUCUGCACGGAUUUAUUACCGGGUCUGGAAUUCUUACUUCACCUGAAACCGUUCUUGAUGAUCAGGAUGUUAAGGAAGAAAAUGGAGUGUUGGUGCUAACUGAUGCAAACUUCGAUAGUUUUGUUGCAGAUAAAGAUACUGUGCUUCUGGAAUUUUAUGCUCCUUGGUGUGGACACUGUAAGCAGUUUGUUCCAGAGUAUGAAAAAAUUGCAAAGACUUUAAAGGAUAAUGAUCCACCAGUGCCAGUUGCUAAAAUAGAUGCCACAGAAGCAACAACAAUUGCUGGCAAAUAUGACAUUGGUGGCUAUCCUACAAUUAAAAUUCUAAAGAAAGGCCAGCCCAUUGACUAUGAUGGAGCACGAACAGAAACGGAAAUUGUUGCAAAAGUGAAAGAAAUAUCUCACCCAGACUGGACAAUGCCACCUGAAGCAACAAUUACAUUAACUGAUGACAACUUUAAAUAUGUGGUAGACAACGCAGAUAUCAUACUAGUUGAAUUUUAUGCACCCUGGUGUGGACACUGUAAAAAGCUUGCCCCAGAAUAUGAAAAAGCUGCACAGGAGCUCAGCAAGCGCACACCAGCAAUACCUUUGGCAAAAGUGGAUGCCACUGCGGAAGCGGAACUUGCUAAAAGAUAUGAGGUUACUGGCUUUCCAACACUGAAGAUUUUUCGGAAGGGCAAAGCAUAUGAUUACAGUGGGCCGAGACAGAAAUAUGGAAUAGUUGACUACAUGAUUGAACAGGCUAGUCCACCAUCUAAGCAAGUCCAGACAGUGAAACAGGUCCAGGAGUUCUUGAAAGAUGGAGAUGAUGUUGUAGUCAUUGGAGUUUUCAGCGACAACAAUGAGAGAGAAUUUCAAUUGUAUCAAGAUGCAGCAAAUUCUUUAAGGGAAGACUUUAAGUUUCACCACACCUUCAGUACAGAGGUAGCAAGCUUCCUGAAGGUGCCUACUGGGCAGCUAGCUGUAAUGCACCCUGACCGAUUUCAAUCAAAAUAUGAGCCACAAAAAUUCAUUUAUACAAUCAAAGAUUCUACAGCUGAAGAAGAUAUUACGGAGCAUGUCAUUAAGCAUGCGUUACCUUUGGUUGGUCAUAGAUCAACCUCUAAUGAAGCUAAAAGAUACACAAAACGUCCGCUUGUUCUUGUUUAUUACACAGUAGAUUUUAGCUUUGACCAUCGCACUGCAACCCAGUACUGGCGAAGCAAAGUCUUGGAAGUUGCAAAAGAAUUUCCAGAGUACACCUUUGCUAUCUCCAAUGAGGAUGAUUAUGUAUCGGAGUUAAAAGAGCUUGGAUUAAGUGACAGUGGAGAGGAAGUGAAUGUUGCCAUUCUAGAUGCAAAUGGUAAAAAAUAUGCUAAAGAGCCUGAAGAGUUUGAUUCAGAUUCACUUAGAGAUUUUGUGUUGGCUUUUAAGAAAGGAAAACUCACUCCAGUGUUGAAAUCACAACCCAUACCCAAGAACAAUAAAGGCCCUGUGAAAAUAGUGGUUGGCAAAACAUUUGAAGACAUUGUAAUGGAUGUAAAAUCAGAUGUACUCAUAGAGUUUUAUGCCCCUUGGUGUGGCCACUGCAAAUCACUUGAACCAAUUUACAAUGACGUGGGUAAAAAGUACAAAUCGACGCAAAAUAUUGUUAUAGCCAAAAUGGAUGCUACUGCCAACGACAUACCCAGUGACAAAUACAAAGCAGAGGGAUUUCCUACAAUAUAUUUUGCACCAAAGCACAAUAAACACAAUCCAAUUAAAUUUGAAGGUAGUGACCGAGAUUUAGAGGGCUUGUCAAAGUUUAUUGAUGAACAUAUUACAAAGUCAAAGAGAAAAGAAGAACUUUGAGGUUUUGUGUGUGUGAUUAAUAUUUAAUUUUGCAUUUUGUUUUCCAUCAUAUGUAUCAAUACUAUAUGUAAUUGCUGUAAAUGUGUCUCGUAUCAAUCACCCUGCUAUGAGUAUUUUGCCAACACUUGAAAUCGAGUUUAGUAAACAAGUCAUUAUAUUUGGUUUAGCGCUGUAAAACUAAACUUCACCUGUUUUAUAUUUUUAUUUUCUUCCUUUGCAUUGUGGCUCAUUAAAAAUCGCAGUAAAUUUUUUUUUUUUCCAUUUUAAACUUGCAAUCUAUUUUUUUUUUUU